UUUCUGGGAAGGAUGAAAAAGCCACGGAGAAAUGGAAUCGGGCGGGGCCAAGGGGGCGAACCGGAGGGAGAAGAGGCGGGGCUGGAGGCCAGCUGGCACCUCCCGGCAGUCGCUGCCUUUUUUUAAUUAUUAUUAUUAUUACUUCUUUUUUUUUAAACCGGGCUCGAGCCAUCGGAAGGGAGGAAAGAAGAGAAGGCGAAAGAGGCGAAAAGAAGAGAAAGAGGCAGAGAAGCCCGGCCAAGAUGGCGUCUUCCAAGCGAGGGGUACGAUCCACUCGGAAACUCCGAGACUGGACGGUGGAGCAAGUGGAGAGCGGGAAAUUCCCAGGCUUGGUUUGGUAUGAUCCUCCGGCUAAAACCAUGUUCCGUAUCCCAUGGAAACACGCCGGAAAGCAGGAAUUCCGACAGGAAGAAGAUGCUGGUUUUUUCAAGGCCUGGGCUAUCUAUAAAGGAAAGUAUAACCCUGGCGACCACAACCCGGCGACUUGGAAGACGCGCAUCCGCUGCGCCCUGAGCAAAAGUCCCGAAUUUGAGGAAAUGCCGUCCCUUUCCCGGUCAGACGUCACAGAGCCUUACAAAGUGUAUCGCUUGGUGCCGGUUGUGGAGCAGAUGAUGAGCAAGAAGGCCAAGACGCAGAAAACCAAGCGGGUGAGAAUGGAAGACGCCAGCCGUUCCGAGGCGGAAGUGGCGAGUCCCAGGGAGGAGAUCCAGCCGCCGGCCGAUUCCCUGUCGCUGCUGCAAAGGGAAGAGAUGCCCGGCCCAGAAGCCAUGGUGAGCCACGUGACCAACGUUUUCAACCCGCCCAACUACCAGAACGGGCAAGUCAGUCCUCAGGCCGCUGAACCAGCGCCGGAAGUGAAUCAGAUCGCUCUCAGCUUGAGGACAGAUCCCAGCCCUGUGGUGAGAGCUGCUACUGGACCAACAGAGGAUUUUUCUCUUUGCAUGUCCAUCGCCUACGCGGGCGAACCGCUCUGCAAAUACUUGUUACCGGAAGGUGAAUUUCUCAUUACGUCUGUCCUGGCUCCGCUGAACGGCGCGGUCAGUUGUAUGAAACGUUUCGUUUUGCCGGCCCCGGUGAAAAUGGCCGACACGCCAGAGCAGGAGAUCAUUCAGCGUCUGCUCAAGGAUUUGGAAAAGGGCAUCAUGGUGGCCAGUAACCACGAAGGGAUCUUCAUUCAAUGCCGGGGCAAAGUCUGCAUCUCGUGGUCGGGAUUUUUGGUGCCCGAGGGCCAAAUCAAACUGGAGAAUAACACUUACCAGCAGCUGUUCAAACCCCGGGAAUUUCGGUCAGCUCUGGAGCAGUUCCAGCAGGGCCUGGCUCCACUGCCGGAUCCCCGGAUCAUUCUCCAUAUCGGAGGUGAACCGGAAAGAAGAGGACAUAUGGACUGCAAACCCAUCGUCAUUCAGAUGGAACAGACGUUUGCUAUCCGGCUGCGUUCCUCACUGUAGUAAAAAUCCUCCUUUCCUAUCCCAGCGUGGUUUUCCUGGCCACCUUAUCCGCAGAAACCACGCCCUGAGAACGCGAAGCUUUUGAUUCCUGCUUUCUCCUGAGAAGAAAACCGACCACGCGAAUAUCGGUUUGGAGGCCGAAUUGGGACGGGCUUGAAAGGAGAGCCGUUAACUUCCACCGAUUCCUCCUUCUCCAAACGGGAUUCCCGACGACGGAUUGGGAAGUGCUGCUCGCUGGUGGCGUCCAAAGGAAAACACUAAAAUACGCCCCCCACCCCACCCCAAAAAAAGCGAAUUUUGGGAUCGUCUCUUUUACGUUUUGGAGAUGAGGAGACGAACGUCCUUCUGUAGCCCGGCCGUCCUGCCGAAUUCUGCAUUUCCUGGCUAGAGAUGCGGUGGAAAAAAAUGUCUAAUCCCGCCACCUUCUGCAAAUUAUCUGUUGCUUCCUUCUCUUCCUGUAUGUCAUUUUAUACUGUUUGCACUUUACCUGACUCUAAUCUGACAGGCUUUUUUUACUAUCUACUGUGUUCCAAAUCAAUAAAAUGUUAGUGAAAGUCAUGUUUUAAUCAGCUGUCUGAUGGAUGAAUCUUCAAACGGGAGUUUAUUUUAUUAUAGCGUACAGGUAGUUUGACAGUUUUACAGAUUAACCAGAGUUGGAAGGGACCUUGUAGAUCAUCUGUAGUCCCGUGAUGGCGAAGCUAUGGCACGCUGCCACAGCUGGCACACAGAGCCCACUCUGCGGGCACGCGAGCUGUCGCCCAGCUCAGCUUCACUGCGCAUGUACCCGUGUGUCUCCCACCUGUUGUGACCCAGGCCCAAGUAGGUAGUAAUAAACUUAGUCCGUGGAAAAACAAACUUUAUUCGAACAACUGGGAAUUACUUCAUUCCCAGCAUCGUUCAACUCAAAGUUGAACUCAAACUUCGCUUUUUGGCGAAGGUUGUUGAGAGUGUGGUGGCGUAUCAGCUUCCCCAAUACCUGGAGGAAACUGUCUUUCUAGACCCGUUCCAGUCCGGCUUCAGACCUGGUUACAGCAUCGAGACGGCUUUGGUCGCGUUGGUGGAUGACCUCUGGAGGGCUCGGGACAGGGGAUGUUCCUCUGUCCUGGUCCUGUUAGAUCUCUCAGCGGCUUUUGAUACCAUCGACCAUGGUAUCCUGCUGCGGUGGUUGGAGGGAUUGGGAGUGGGAGGCACCGUUUAUCGGUGGUUCUCGUCCUAUAUCCCUGACCGUUCGCAGACGGUGUUGGCAGGGGGGCAGAGAUCGACCUCCAGGUCCCUCACUUGUGGGGUGCCUCAGGGGUCGGUUCUCUCGCCUCUCCUGUUCAACAUCUAUAUGAAGCCGCUGGGUGAGGUUAUCCGUGGUUUCGGGGUGGAUUAUCAUCUGUACGCUGAUGAUACUCAGCUGUACAUUUCCACCCCGAACCACUCCAACGAAACUGUCGAGGUGAUGGACCGGUGUCUCGAGGCCAUGCAGGUCUGGAUGGGGAGGAAUAGGCUCCAACUCAACCCUACCAAGACAGAGUGGCUGUGGGUUCCGGCGUCCCGGUACAGUCAGCUUACGCCUUCGCUGACGGGGGGGUGAAGUUCUAACCC